CCCACCAAAAAAGUCCACCUUACUCCCCCCAAAUUUCUACCAGCAAAAGAAAAAAACCCAUCAGCGACAAAAUCACCGACGACGAAUACUGCAUUUUACGACUUGAAUUCUCAGACAAAUAACUCACCGUACUUGUCAGAAUGGCGAGAUUCAAUGGGUUGUUAUCGUAUUGGUACGUACUUCUCCUCUUUGUCUGCUGACCUUCUUGAACCCCGCCUUGCCACAUCAGAAGGCCUCUGCUUCACGCCGACAGAAGCAAAGCACUUGUUUGAUAUGCACUGAUGGCCAUUUUUCUCUGCAUUAUACUCGUAAGUACGAGACUAUAAUGUCUGUUUUAUAGCUUGCCUCCAGUGUCGGCAUGACUUGCAUCAUUUUCAGAUCUUUUCGUGUUAGCAUGUCUCUUCUCUAUUAUGACAUUCUCCUACGGCGUUCAGCCCGUCACUGACAUCUUCCCUUCCACAUCACAACCUCUAUGAUUCACUCACACUCCUCCGACUAUAUGCUUUUCUUUCUCCUUUUGUGGUUUGAUUUACUCUCAUGUCUUUCUGGCUCAAAGUCGACACUCUUGACGCCUCAGAAGCAUCACAAAACUCGGUUACCUUACACCAAAGACCAACACAAACGACACUUCACUUCUGCACCACGACUGAGUUUAUGAUUAUAAACUCAACCACAAAAACCUUUCUUGCGAAAUGCCACGUUGUCAUACCAAAACAAUCGCUUCGGAAGUCCGAGGUAAUUGCAGCCACGUUGUGGCCAGUCGCAGUCAAAGACAGAGGUUCGCCAUCAUAGCACACGGAAAUGCUCUACGAAAAUGGUUUGUGCCACUAUAAGAUGGCUUCCAAAUGACACCGAGGGAUCGAUCUCUACGCGCCAAACAGACACUCAAUCAACCUCGAGUCGUUCGAGUUUCCCGGCCAAGCGCCUAGCAGCACUCAAUCAUAUCUGUUCCAACAUGUACAUCACAGUACGCGACAAAAUGGGAUAACAAAGUUUCUUAUCGCUAUGGUUACAUCUAAAGCCACAAACUACCGACAAGCGGCUCAGAUGCCCGCUGCCAUCCAACUUCACCUUGGCGCAUAUUACCAAGCAACCAUGCGUUAUCGAUUCUCCCCAGUCAGGGUAUCUCCCCAAAACUAUGGCCUUGCCCCCACGAAACCUCAGCAAGCCGCACCAUUGCUUUCCCGCACCAGAAAGCCAGCUAUUAUCAUAUCGCCCUAUGUCUUUGUGCGCCAGGUACUCCCUGUUGAUCCCAAAUGUCCAUGUUCGUUAAGAACUAUGACGACGUCUUCAUUAUCGAUUCAUCAGGCUUGGUUAUGUCUGCCUCAUCCGAGGCGUCAUGCUCGAGUAUUGUUCAAGCACACCGCGUCGCCCCUUUGAGCAACCAUGACACCUGGUGUAGCCAUGCGGCUGGGUAUAAUGGUGGCUGAUGCUCUCCGGUCGACGAAACAUCCAAGCUCCCAAAAAGUCAUACAACUCAUACAGUCCAUCUCUCAGCCCGACGCCAUGUCUACUCCUCCUCCGAGUCCGAUUCAUCACUGGACUCGGCCGUAGGUGUGGGAGCCUGCAACACGGGUUGAUUAUCGCCAGGCUCCUGGCCCGGCCGGUACAAGUUGCUGAGAUCACGAAGCUGCGCAAUCCGUUCCUCUUGUUCACGGGCACUCAUGGGCUUGUUCUUUUUGGGCUUAGCCGAUGUCGAUGAUGCCUUCGUAUGCUUAGGCGGCGCUGCCCGGGUCACUUCUGGAGAAGAUGAGUUUGAGCAGAGCCUCAUUGCUCAGUUGGUCGAUGUCCAGCUCGAGCUCUCCGUCGGUGUUCUCCUACAGGGUC